GCCGUUAGUCCCUCGGGAUGGGAAUCCCUUCCCGUAUUCCGCACAUACGAAAGUCCGACGACCGUCGGUGCAACGCGGGAGAGGCAAUCGACUCGUGAGAACAAGUGGAAUACAAGUGUCGCACCGUUACUCCCUCGGGUAUACAACAUCUCGGUAGUGCAAGAGGAUAAACGUAAUCGUCGUCAACGGUAACCGGAAGUGUUCUAUACCGAAGGAUGGACUACUCUUACUUGAAUCAAGCUGCAGCCGCAGCUGCUGCAGGCUUCGAAGCUUCAAGUUGCGCCCUUGCUGCUAGUGAGAUGCAAUGUGGAUACGGCGAUCUGAGUUCCUGUUCGCAAAUGAGCCAAGCUGCCUAUCGUUACACGGCAGCUAGAGCUGCUGGAUAUCCAGGUAACACUGGUACCCCCGGUACCGGGAGUGCGACGCCUUUAGGACCGCAUCAUGGAGCUCAUCCUCACGCUCAUGGGCAUCACGGAGCCCACGCUACCCCAUGCUCUGUUAUGGCAGCACGAAGUCAGGAUGUCCAUCGUCAUGCUGCGUCCAUCUUCCCCUCGGCUAUCAACCUUCAAGGUGGUUUGGGGUACAAAACUUACCCUGGUCACGACGGUCUGGCUGAAAAGAGAAAGCAGCGUCGGAUACGAACAACUUUUACCUCCGCACAACUAAAAGAACUCGAACGAGCUUUUCAGGAGACUCAUUAUCCAGAUAUUUAUACACGCGAGGAAAUUGCGAUGAAAAUAGACUUGACGGAAGCGAGGGUACAGGUGUGGUUCCAGAACAGACGUGCCAAAUUUCGGAAACAGGAGCGACUAGCUCAGCAAAAAUCAACGAACCAAAGUGGCGUGGGAGGUGAUAGCGGCGCAUCGAGCCCAGUUGCCGGAAGUGUCAAGACAGAAGGACGUUCCCCAAGGAGCCCAGCAACGCCUCCGGGAAAUUCAAACAGCGUCCAUUCCGUUGCCGAAGUAAAACCGAUAUCUAAUUCUAACUUAAUAAACUCAAAACAUUCGAACGACGGACCUGGAGAUUUGCAUUCUUCGCCAAUACUUCGUGGCGGGGGUGGAGGGAGUUGGGGAUCAUGCAGCCCAAGGCCAUUCUCAACAGCCCUACCGCCCUACCUUCUUGAUCCACUGCCUCUUAAAACAGCAAAUCUUUACUAAUCUUAGUUUAACCUUACGAAUCUGUCGAAGGUUAUUUGUAAAUAGAUGUACGACGACGAACGUAAGCGAUCAUCAGAGGCGGUUGGUAUUUCGGAUACAUGGAUAUAAUUUUCCGCAGUGGUUCAGGAUCAAUGAUUGUCCGUUUGUUCGUUUUUCUUUUUGAUCAACUACGGCCACAACUUACCAGAUUUCAAAUUCGUUUGGUGUCUACAGGGAACUGGUAAGUUUUCAACCAUUAUAUUUCAUUUUCAUUCGCAAAUCAAUAUCAUACAAUUCCAGAAAGAUGUGCAUUUUACUAACAUUGCUUUAUAAAUGAAUCGGAUAGAACGUUAGAUGGCUCUAUACUUAUAUGGUAGACUUUAUCGACGAUUUCCCCUCUUUCGGGGUCGAAAUCUGCCAACACGUGGCUUAUUUCACUUUUCGAUUCUCGUCCCCAAGUUCAAUCACUCGAGUGAACAACAAUCACCCUUAUACAGACUGCGGUGAAACCGCAACAUUGCACAGACCGCGAAGCUCGACGCACACAGACCUAAUAAAUUCAUUUCAUUCUUGUAAUUCACCAGCAAGAAAAUUACAAAUUCUUUUUUUCCAUCCCUAUUAAUUCUAUAUACAUAUCAGCCGUCUCUGAAAAAUUUCUAUUGGUUCCAUGUAAUGAAUUAUUAUCGUCAAAUGGGAAAAAAAACAAUAUUAUUAUAUCAUUAAUAUGUGACUGGAACUUGUACAGUUGUUGCUAUAAAUAUAUAAAAUUAGUGUUUUACACCACAUCCAAAUUAAUCACUUACCUUACCAAAAAAUGAACGAGUGUGACGUUACAUCAUACCUGCUUAUGAAGCGGUAUAAAAAUUACAAUAUCAUAUAGAAGCACGAAAAAAAUGUAAUCAAUAACUCUUUUUCUUUUCUUUCGAGGCAAAAAAAGAAAACAAAAUUUUUGUGAUUGAUAUCUCGAUACGUUUGCGAAACAAGACCAAUGAAAAAUAAUUAUUUAUUUAUCGCCCUUUAUAUAUCCGAUACAAUUGUAGUCGUAAAAAAACGAGAUAAAAAAUUCAAUUCGAAACAAACAAACAAAGAAAAGCUCAAAUAUGACCGAUACCGAAUAACGGAAUGUCGAAAAAAUCGUGAUCGAAGGGCAUAUACGCAUAUAAUCAU